AAAUACCUGCGCCAACGGUGUUGACAACCACAAUAAACCCAGUUUCGAUAUACAAUCAUAAAAGAGAAUACGACUAUGACAGCAGUGGCAGCGAGUACACCCUCCCGUCUAACGGGCCCCCGCCCAUUCGGGAACCUCCGGGGGCAUUCAGCAACGGCGCCAUCUGUUUGCCCGACAGAGCAACCAUUGCUGAAGCGCUUUCGCUGAUGUGGGGCUUGCUCAACAUGCUCAGGUGAUGAAGUGCCAUCUAAGAUCCAAGGAAGGAUGAAGAAGGUGAAGGGUCGCUGCGUGGUAAAUAAAGAGGUUUACGAUGGAGUAUCCAACCCGACUGAUUGAACGAUGUUGUAUAUAUUGUAUAUAGUCGAACGUGUACAGAUAACGCUAUGGAUACAAAUAAUGUAUAGACUACAACAUUCUGCUGAACCUAUUUAGUUGAUAUGGAAUGUUCCACUGGCAUACAUACUGUUUCCAUUAAAUCGUAC